UUCCUUACUGAAGAGUUGGCAGCACUGGUUGAGCAUAUUAUGCAGUCCACAUGGGAACGACUACGAAGCUGUGAUGAGCUGUGCUAACGUGAUACGUUAAUUUCAGCCACAUUCUACUCUUCCUAGUACGAUGGCUGCCAGGAAUAAACAAACCGGUCUGAAACAACGUUUGAGUCGCAGUGAUGCAGGCCACGGUCAGACCAUUAAAAAGGUCAAUAAAACUCGUGCCAUAACAAAAGCGAUGCCCAUGUUGGAAGAAAACAGGUCUGCCGUCGAAGAGGAUGCCGUGGAAAUGGAGAGAAACUUUGCGUUAUUCAAUAAAAGAAAUGUAAUGCUAGCGCCAGAAGACGGGAAGGGUGAAGAGGAAAGGAAUCCUGGGGCUUCGGACGAUGAACAUGUUGAGGAGGAGGAGGAUGUGAAAGAAGAACGGUACAUGAAGAGUAGUGGUGAUAUGAGUGGGUCAGAUGAUGAUUCUUAUUACUAUGCAACAGACUCCAGACCAUCGGAGGAUAACGGUGUCGCUGCGAAGUUGCACACAAGUGAUGAGUUACAAAGAGGACUGUCAACACUGUCUUUUGAGGAGAUUAUAAGACUGCAAAACAAAGUGGGGACUAAGGCAUAUAAUAAGAUUGCUUACGGGACAAUGCAUAACAAACAGACUGCAGAACCUGUGAAACGACUGAACAAACACAGACCCGAUGAGAUUUCUGCUAAAAAAUCGGUUCCUUUUCUCAGAAAAGUUGUGCCCGUUAAGAAAACUAUCUUAAGGGAUCCUCGUUUUGAUGACCUAUCUGGUGACUUCAGACCGGAAGUGUUCAAGCAGACCUACAAAUUCAUUGAUGAAAUCAGACAACGAGAAGCACAGACGGUGAUGAAAAAGCUGAAGAAAGUAAAAUCAAAUACUAAAAGAGAAAAAUUGAAAUCGUUGCUUAAGAGAAUGGAGAACCAAGAACGUGCCCAGAAAAAACAGGAGCAACAGAGGGAGAAGGAACUUCAAUUUAAGAGGAAACAGAGAGAACUAGUAGGACAAGGACACAGACCUUUUUACUUGAAGAAAUCUGAUAAGAAGAAGUUGGAAUUGGGUGAGAAGUACAACGAACUGAAAAAGAGUGGGAAGCUGGAGAACUUCUUGAGCAAGAAACGGAAACGCAAUGCCAUUAAGGAUCGCAGGAAGCUGCCCUAUCAGCAUAAGAAAAACUGAAAAUGGACCACUUAAGUCGUCUGAAUGCAACCCUUAUGCCUGUUAUCGGCCAGCCUUUGUGUGACAUGAUGCAGACUCCUGAAAAUAGAAACUGUACUGAGAGCUAAUGUUCCCUGCACAACAGUAUGUUAUGAGACAAGGACCAGGUGAGAUGAUGUUUUCUCUAGUGAGAACUGUGUAAAAUGCAAUAUUUUGAUAUUGUCCCUGCUUAUGAUAAAUUGUAAAAAGAA